GUAGUGGAGAGACCAAGAUAAUAGGUCCUGCUUAUACAGUCAAGGUUGGAAACGUGGAUAGGAGGUUGUUGACAAGUGCUAAAUUUAAGGUUUAACAAUAAUGAUCGAAUAGAUGGUGGAUAAGGAAGACGACAAUGCACCUACCCCUUCACAACACUUUGCUGAUGCAGCUCCUAAAGGAAGCGUCAUUUUCAUAUCGGCACCUCCUGGUUUCAAAAAUGCGGUCUGGGGCGGUCUGAUGUCUGCAAGGGCUAAGACGUUAAAGGUGCAGGGUGUUGUUGUGGAUGGUCGUAUUCGAGACCUUGCAGAGCAUAGAGGCAUGCAGAUACCUGUAUUUGCGCAAGGUCAUUCUAUUUUAUCUCAAGGUGCUUUCUUACGACCUUCAGAGAUCGGCGUACCAGCCACCAUGUCGACUUGUCCUGUUGUCGUACACCCAGGUGACAUAAUUGUUGGCGACCUGGAUGGGGUAGUUUGUAUUCCGCGGGACCAAUUGGAAAAGGUUGUUGUCUAUUGUCAAAAACACACAACCAUUGACAAUCACUGCAUGGAAGAUAUUCUGCAAGGCGCAACUGUUCAGGACACGUUCAAAAAGCGUAGGGGUGUCUAGUUCUGGUAUGAGUAGUAUGCAGGGACGUUCCCAUGCACUUGAACAUAAAUGAAUCGUUCCGUAUCUGUUAUGCAAAUGAUU